UCUCUGGAAACGAGAGAGGUGGAGGGAGGCGACGCGGCUGCAAAGGAGAGGCUCGCCCAGGCGGCCCGCCUGCAAAGUGUUGCGUUGACACCUCCUGGCUGUGGAAGUUCGGGGGAAAAACUCCGGACGCGGAGCUGCUGCCCAGAAGGAGACCGGGAAGGAAACCAGUAGGCAGGCCAAUGGUUUUCCGGCAGCGCGCUGGCAAGUUUGUGGAACACUUUCUAGGAAUUAGAUCUUCUUCCUCUCCCUUCCUCGUCCUGACUUCUGAAGAAAGAACUUGGUUUUGGAUUGCCAUGGAGCCCGAGGAGUGAGGGUUAGACACACUUGAAUAAUCCCUCCGACUGGGCUGCAUUUGUGGGAAUUUAGGAAGCCCGAGUGGAAAUACAGCAGCCUUUGGUGCGCCCUCUGUUCAUUUGGAUGAAUCUAAAUGUGCCCCAUCCAGGACCGCUCCACUAAGCCCUCUCAUCUUGCGAUUUGCUCUCCUUGACUUUAAUUAGCAUCUAGGAAAGUCUGAACUUUGGACCUACCUCUUCUUUUGAUACUUAUUUUUGUACUUUUGCUCUCUGGGAUUGGUUUCUUAAAACAAUCUGGAUCCUUUUUAAUAUGUCAAAAUGAGUCGGCUGAUGUUUACACAACUACUGCUCUGUGGAUUUUUAUAUGUUCCCGUUGAUGGAUCUCGUCUUCGUCAGGAAGACUUUCCCCCACGGAUUGUGGAGCACCCCUCAGAUGUCAUUGUUUCCAAGGGAGAGCCCACCACAUUGAACUGUAAGGCAGAGGGCCGGCCAACACCCACCAUUGAGUGGUAUAAAGAUGGUGAGCGGGUGGAGACGGACAAGGAUGAUCCGCGCUCCCACAGGAUGCUGCUGCCCAGCGGAUCCUUGUUCUUCUUGCGCAUUGUGCACGGUCGCAGAAGUAAGCCUGAUGAAGGAAGCUACGUUUGCGUUGCAAGAAACUAUCUUGGUGAAGCAGUGAGUCGGAAUGCAUCUCUGGAAGUGGCAUUGUUACGAGAUGACUUCCGGCAAAAUCCCACAGAUGUUGUGGUGGCAGCUGGAGAGCCUGCCAUCCUGGAGUGCCAGCCCCCCCGAGGUCACCCUGAACCCACCAUCUACUGGAAGAAAGACAAAGUUCGAAUUGAUGACAAGGAAGAAAGAAUAAGUAUCCGUGGUGGAAAACUGAUGAUCUCCAAUACCAGGAAAAGUGAUGCGGGGAUGUAUACCUGUGUUGGCACCAAUAUGGUGGGAGAAAGAGACAGUGAUCCAGCAGAGCUGACUGUUUUUGAACGACCCACAUUUCUCAGGAGACCAAUUAACCAAGUGGUGCUGGAGGAAGAAUCAGUCGAAUUUCGUUGUCAGGUCCAGGGAGAUCCUCAACCAACUGUGCGGUGGAAGAAGGAUGAUGCAGACUUGUCAAGAGGAAGAUAUGACAUCAAAGAUGACUACACACUGAGAAUUAAAAAGGCCUUGAGUGUAGAUGAAGGCACUUACAUGUGUAUUGCCGAGAAUCGGGUUGGAAAAGUGGAAGCCUCUGCCACCCUGACUGUUCGAGCUCCUCCACAGUUUGUGGUUAGGCCAAGAGAUCAGAUUGUUACACAAGGUCGAACAGUGACAUUUCCCUGUGAGACUAAAGGAAACCCACAGCCAGCGGUGUUUUGGCAGAAAGAAGGCAGCCAGAACCUGCUUUUCCCAAACCAACCACAGCAGCCCAAUAGUAGAUGUUCUGUGUCACCAACUGGAGACCUCACGAUUACCAACAUUCAACGUUCAGAUGCGGGUUACUAUAUUUGCCAGGCCCUAACUGUGGCAGGAAGCAUUUUAGCAAAAGCUCAACUGGAAGUUACUGAUGUUUUAACAGAUAGACCUCCACCCAUAAUUCUACAAGGCCCAGCCAACCAAACACUAGCAGUAGAUGGCACAGCAUUACUGAAAUGUAAAGCAACUGGUGAUCCUCUUCCUGUAAUUAGCUGGUUAAAGGAAGGAUUCACUUUUCUGGGUAGAGAUCCAAGAGCAACUAUACAAGACAAAGGAACAUUGCAGAUUAAAAACUUACGGAUUUCUGAUACUGGAACUUAUACUUGUGUGGCUACAAGUUCAAGUGGGGAGACUUCCUGGAGUGCUGUGCUGGAUGUCACAGAAUCUGGAGCAACAAUCAGUAAAAAUUAUGAUUUAAAUGACCUGCCAGGACCACCAUCCAAACCACAGGUCACUGACGUUACUAAGAACAGUGUCACCUUGUCCUGGCAACCAGGUACCCCUGGGACCCUCCCGGCAAGUUCAUAUAUCAUUGAGGCGUUCAGCCAAUCAGUGAGCAAUAGCUGGCAGACAGUGGCAAACCAUGUAAAGACCACCCUCUAUACAGUGAGAGGACUGCGGCCCAAUACAAUCUACUUAUUCAUGGUCAGAGCGAUCAACCCCCAAGGUCUCAGUGACCCAAGCCCUAUGUCAGAUCCUGUGCGCACACAAGAUAUCAGCCCUCCAGCACAAGGAGUGGAUCACAGACAAGUACAGAAGGAACUAGGAGAUGUCAUUGUUCGUCUUCAUACUCCGGUUGUAUUGACACCCACGACUGUUCAAGUCACAUGGACAGUGGAUCGGCAGCCCCAGUUUAUUCAAGGCUACCGUGUGAUGUAUCGCCAGACCUCGGGCCUGCAGGCCACACCAACAUGGCAGAAUUUAGAUGCUAAAGUCGCAAAUGAGCGAAAUGCUGUCCUAGUCAAUCUGAAAAAGGGGGUAACUUACGAAAUUAAAGUUCGACCUUACUUUAAUGAGUUCCAAGGAAUGGAUAGUGAAUCCAAAACAGUUCGUACUACGGAAGAAGCCCCAAGUGCUCCUCCACAAUCUGUCACUGUGCUGACAGUUGGAAGCCACAACAGCACAAGUAUUAGUGUUUCCUGGGACCCUCCUCCUCCAGAUCAUCAGAAUGGAAUCAUUCAAGAAUACAAGAUCUGGUGUCUGGGAAAUGAAACACGAUUUCAUAUCAACAAAAGUGUGGACGCAGCCAUUCGAUCUGUAAUAAUUGGAGGAUUAUUCCCAGGUAUUCAAUACCGGGUAGAGGUUGCAGCAAGUACCAGUGCAGGGGUUGGAGUAAAAAGUGAACCACAACCAAUAAUAAUCGGCGGACGUAAUGAAGUUGUCAUUACUGAAAACAAUAACAGCAUAACUGAGCAAAUCACUGAUGUUGUGAAGCAACCAGCCUUUAUAGCUGGUAUUGGUGGUGCCUGCUGGGUAAUUUUGAUGGGUUUUAGCAUCUGGUUGUAUUGGCGAAGAAAGAAGAGAAAGGGACUCAGUAAUUAUGCUGUUACAUUUCAAAGAGGAGAUGGAGGACUAAUGAGCAAUGGAAGCCGUCCAGGUCUUCUAAAUGCUGGGGACCCCAAUUAUCCGUGGCUUGCUGAUUCAUGGCCAGCCACAAGCUUGCCAGUCAACAAUAGCAAUAGUGGCCCAAAUGAGAUUGGGAAUUUUGGGCGUGGAGAUGUGCUGCCACCGGUUCCAGGCCAAGGGGAUAAAACAGCAACGAUGCUCUCAGAUGGAGCCAUUUAUAGCAGCAUUGACUUCACAACCAAAACCACUUACAACAGCUCUAGCCAAAUAACACAGGCUACCCCAUAUGCCACGACACAGAUCCUGCAUUCCAACAGCAUUCAUGAAUUGGCUGUUGAUCUGCCUGAUCCACAAUGGAAAAGCUCAAUUCAGCAAAAAACAGAUCUGAUGGGAUUUGGUUAUUCUCUACCUGAUCAGAAUAAAGGUAACAAUGGUGGGAAAGGUGGAAAAAAGAAGAAAAAUAAAAACUCAUCUAAACCGCAGAAAAACAAUGGAUCGACUUGGGCCAAUGUUCCUCUACCUCCUCCUCCUGCCCAGCCCCUUCCUGGUUCAGAGCUGGAACACUACGCAGUGGAACAGCAAGAAAAUGGCUAUGACAGUGAUAGCUGGUGCCCACCAUUACCAGUACAAACAUACUUGCAUCAAGGCAUGGAAGAUGAACUGGAAGAAGACGAUGACCGUGUCCCGACACCUCCUGUCCGAGGCGUGGCUUCGUCUCCUGCUAUUUCCUUUGGGCAGCAAUCCACCGCAACGCUCACUCCAUCCCCACGGGAAGAGAUGCAACCCAUGCUGCAAGCUCACCUGGACGAGCUGACAAGGGCCUAUCAGUUUGACAUAGCAAAGCAAGCGUGGCACAUUCAAAGCAAUAAUCAACCUCCACAGCCCCCGGUUCCACCAUUAGGUUACAUGUCCGGAGCCUUGAUUUCUGAUUUGGAAACAGAUGUUCCAGAUGAUGAUGCUGAUGAUGAGGAGGAGGCUUUAGAAAUCCCCAGGCCCUUGAGAGUGCUAGAGCAGACGCCCGGAUCCAGUGUGGACAAUCUGGAUAGCUCUGUGACAGGCAAAGCCUUUACCUCUUCUCAAAGGCCUCGACCAACUAGCCCAUUUUCUACUGACAGUAACACCAGUGCAGCCCUGAGUCAAAGUCAGAGGCCUAGGCCAACUAAAAAACACAAGGGAGGGCGAAUGGACCAACAACCAUCAUUGCCUCAUCGAAGGGAAGGAAUGACAGAUGAGGAGACCUUGGUGCCCUACAGCAAGCCCAACUUUCCGUCUCCAGGAGGUCACAGCUCAUCAGGAACAGCGUCUUCUAAAGGAUCCACUGGACCUAGGAAAGCUGAGGUGCUGAAGGGGGGCCACCAGCGCAAUGUCAGCGACCUUCUUGACAUAGGCUAUAUGGGCUCAAAUAGUCAAGGACAGUUUACAAGUGAAUUAUAGUAACUGAGAUGAGACAUGCAAAGCUGCUCUGAAGGACCAUCAGGUCUGAACUCAUGGAAGUGAUGACACUUAAACAGUGCAAUGAACAAUUCCUUUAUUUAUGUACUAUUCAAAGAACUGUAAAUGCAAUGUAAAGACACACAGCCACACAUAUCCCACAGAUAUUUUCCUUGUGUUCUUCUGUUACGUACACCACCCACCUUAACUCUUUCUUGUCAGGAGUAAACAAAAAAGAAAGAAAACAAAGCUCGCCCUCCAGGAAGCAAAGGAUUUCCUCUGUAUAUAAUUUCUUUUGUGCAUUGCUAUGCAAGCUCACUCUUUUUAGCUCUGUUCACAUUAUUGUCUGUUCUUAUUGGUCUGUUGUACUAUAUGUGAAUUAAUAGGCUGUGGUGCCAUAUAUUAACUUUUAAUUGUGUAACUUUUAUGUUUAAAUUUUGCACUGCAAUUUUAUUUGGUGAUAAGCACAAAUCUCUACUCCUCGUGACAUGAAGAAAAAGACUGAAUGUGAAGGGAGUUGCUGUACUGUAAGCUAGGUUGGAUAACGCUGAUUGUAACCAAUCACGUUGGAUGGUUUUUGGUUGGGGUAUAGAAAUAGGAAGAUGUGAAGGACAGUGGUGUUAGUGAAGUCUUCUUUGAACAUCAGGGACCAAGUUAAUAAAAAAUUUAAAAAAAGCAGAAUGGUGGCUUUUACUGUUGAUAAAAGUGUGGGUCAAAAGAAGGAAGUUUAAGACUUAAGACUGAAUAGGCAUUAAACUAUACAAGUAGCGAAGAUAUACUAAACUUGCUUUAAGACAUAAUAAGGAAAUUAAAGCUAUAUUUAGAAUCAGCUUUACCUCUUGUUGUAAUUGACCCAUCUGAGAAUUGCAACAAGCAAAAGGAAAUUAAGGUGUUUCACAAGAGCUGUAUUUAUAUUACAGUGUUUUUUUUAAAAAAAGCAUUUUCUGAAUUAACAUAAUUAAUCUCUCCAACUCAUUAAGUCAAAAUAUAAUAUGAUGUUCCCCAAGGAAACAAACCAAAUGAACUCUAGAAUAUCCAGCAAAUAGUUAAAGAGGCAAUUUAUUGUUAGGACAUACUCAGGCUGCUUCGAAAUACAAAAACUCUAUUGCAAUAUCUUGUUUCAUCUUUCUAAUACAUGUACAGUACACACUAGAGGAUAGAGCUGCAUCACUUCAAUUCAUGACUUUUAAAAUAAUAAUGCAGUCUAUAUGCAACUUUGUGUUUCAUUUGAUGAAAAAGUGAAGUUUAUGCCACCAAAUGUACAGCCAACUUGUAAGUGCUUAAAAAGCAGUGCUCAGAGUAUGUUCAGUUCACAGUAAGUAGACUUAUUGGAAUAAAUAUUUUAUGGUACACUUUCAGAAAUGGGCUACCAACUAAAAUAUGUUUGACCCAUUUUGAAUGAGUAAAUUGAAAGAAAAAUUGAAAAGGAGAAAAAUGCAUGUUUAUACACUUUUUAAAUAAAACCGAACCUGGUAAAUGGACAUUAA